AGCUGGCAGGUCCACGCAUUUAGUGGCCUGAAUAUGGUUCACACAUGUGUGGUGGCCGGUUGUAGGAACAGGAGGACCCCUGGCACCACAUUAUCCUUCUACAGGUUUCCACGGGACCCGGAGAGGAAGCAGCGGUGGAUUGCUGCUGUGAACCGUAAAGGAUGGAUGCCAAACGAGGGCAGUAGACUCUGCAGCACACACUUCAUUUCAGGAAAACAAGUGAAGAAUCCUAGAUCUCCAGACUAUGUACCAUCAGUGUUUAUAUCAGCACCACUGUCCCCAAAUAUGAAGGAAGCAAGUGCAUGUGAACUUUAUGAUAAACAAGAAGCACAAGUGGAGGCAGCCAAUGCUUUGCUGUUCCUACAAGGACAAGGGCGUUUCGUGGAAGACAACGUCCAGAUCCACAGUCAUGAAGAGCCAGAGAAUGUUUCCUCUUCGCUUAGCAGUUGUAAUGAAGAUAAAGACGAUAAUGAUGAAAUGGACAGUGAUGAAGACAUCUCACUGACAAGUAUUAGCCAAGCUGAAAAGCCAGUAAAAAACGUCCCCAUGAAGUCCCCUGACUACCAGUUCAGCCUUGAAGCUCUUAGGAAAGAGAAUAUGGAGCUGAGGGAAUCAGUGGAGAAGAUGUCUCUCAACGAGGCGUCUUUCAGAAAUGAUCCAGAAAAGGUUCGGUUCUAUACAGGACUGCCGAACUAUUUCGUGUUUGAGACGGUUAUGUUGCUUCUCGUGCCACAUAUGAAAGGAGACAAAAAUGGAAAACUUUCAAAGUUCCAGCAGCUACUCUUGACACUAAUGCGACUUAGGCUUGAUCUUAGAAACCAAGACUUGGCCUAUCGUUUUGGGAUAACGGUAGCAACAGUGACCAGGACAGUCCAUCGGAUCAUUAGCAUAAUGUUCACCACCCUGGUACCCACUGCUGUUUUUUGGCCGUCUAGAGUGGAGCUCAGAAAAAACCUCCCGACAGCGUUACGUUCCACUUACCCAGACUGUGCAGUGAUUAUCGACUGCUUUAGGGUGUCUCUGGAAAAAGAGGAUGUGAAUCAGCAGGUCGCUUCCACGGCAUUCACCGUGCCCACCCAGUCAGCUCUUGUUAAUGAGCUGAAGUAUGUGAUAGGUGUUGCUCCGCAAGGUGUGGUCACGUUUGUUUCGGGCGGAUCACCGGGUCAUGUGAGUGACAAAAAUCUAGUGGAGAGCUGUGGCCUCCUCUGUAAACUUCUGCCAGGUGAUGUCGUGCUUGCUGAGCGUGACUUUGACAUCAGCGACUUGGUGAAUGCCCGAAAAGCCGAACUCAAAAUCACAAGUACAAGCAGCCAGAGCAUACUGGAUGCAGAAGCUUGCUCGGUGGCGGGUACAUAUUUAGACAAGCUGAAUGUUCAUAGGCAUGUAGAGCAGGUCAUAAAGAUGGUCAAGAGAAGAUAUUGUAUGUUGACCGGACCAGUGGAGAGUCCCUUCACGGUCAUAGAUCGCACUUCCAAUGUGAGCACUUUCGAUAAGAUAGUGCAGGUUGCCUGUGCCUUAAAUAACCUGUGCAUUUCCGCUGUUCCUCUGGAGUAAUCUGUUAUAUUCACCGCACUACAUUUGCAAAAUGCACCUUUAUUUUUCCCUUUUUUAACAAAAUGCUUUAUUUUGUAGGACUCUGUUGUUAAAAAGGGGAUUAAACAUUUCUAAGAAAAUUGUGUUUUGGAACCUAAGGACCAGUUUAUACCAAACAUUUUAUCAGGCACGGUUUACUGGACCAUUUACUAGAACGUGUAACUCUCUGGUGUUGUUACAUAAGGAAAUUCCUUAGUCUUUGCUUUGUUAAUGCUUUGGUGUGAUAUAGAAUAUUCCAUUCAUAGCUUAAAGUGAAAUGUGGUAUUUUUGAGAGUAGAGUCUGAGAUGUGAGAUUUUGACAUAUACAAGUCAAUAAACAAAGUGUUUGAGCCAGAGACAGCAAGAUUCGUAUAUUGGCUGUUCCUAGUUCCCAGUGCCUUUCCCAAUGUGAUCCUUAUUACAUUUUUGCUUCUGAAUAGAUACACUAUAUUUUUGCAUUAAAAUCCUUUGUUCAGUCUGUUGUCUUUGUUACAACCAUUUAUUGUAAGUAUCACCAUUAUAAGUUAUUUGCACUGUUGUUUGAUUUUAUUUUUGUUGUUGUUGCUGUUGUUGUUUUCAAUCAAAACCCAUAACAUUUGGGAUUAUAUAGACCCUUGACAUUACAGGAGCCCGAUGUUCACCAAGUGCACUUAAGAUUUCAGUAUGGUAUGCCCAGCUUUCACCUAGAUUUUUGUUGCGUUGAUCUAUGUUAGGAUUUUUGACAACAAUGAUAAAUUUGACUUCAUUUGUUCCACAUGUUUUCAUGUGUUCUAUGU